UCAUCUCCAUAAAGUAAUUUCAAGGCGACGCGACGCCUGCACAGACUUAUACGGCCCGGGUCAAAGUUAAUAAACUAAAAGAAAUUUAUCAAGCCUAUGUACAAUGAUAAAUAUCUGUGCGUUGGGUUUCCCAGAUAGCAGUGUACUAGUGUGUUUGGACACAUACAUACGGUGAUACUCAAUUUUAUUUAUCUAUACUUUAUUGAACUUUAUUUAUACUUAGUUUUUUCGUAGCAGUGUCCACAAGCAUUUUGUGGGCACAAACAAUCUUGCAAUACUUUAUUUUGCUCUAGUUGUGCCUUUUUUCCUUUAGGCUGCUACAAAAAUGGCUUCACUGCUUCGUAAAUUGUCUUACAACAGUUACACCCAAUGUCGGUCGUUGCAUAAAAUAGCAGUGGGCCACACAGUGCCUCUGACGUUCAACCAGUAUGAACAUCAGCAGAGGUUCCGUGAAGCUCAGGCUGAGAUCGUUGGCUCGUUAAUGUCCAGCCCUAAGUUCAAAGACCAGCUGGGCGAUGUUGAAGUCUGGAUGACUAAAUUGUUAGAUUAUGCUCUGGGCGGAGGGAAAAGGGGCAGAGGUCUGGCGGUGCCCUUUGCGUACCGAAUGAUGGAGGAUCCAGAGCACUUCACAGAGGACAAUCAUCAUAAAGCACGGAUCAUGGGAUGGGUUCUGGAAAUGUUCCACUCCUAUCUAUUCACAAUAGAUGACAUAAUGGAUGCCUCGAAGACUCGCCGCGGCCAGCAGUGUUGGUACCUACGUGACGAUGUCGGUAUGGGCGCGCUGAACGACAGCGGACUUAUAUUCAGCAGCGCAUACGAAGUCUUGGAGCAACACUUCGGAGAUGAUCCUAUUUAUGCAGAACUUGUUAGAAUUUGCAAUGGGGCAAUGAUGCACACAUGCAUAGGUCAGCACCUGGACUUCGCAUCAAACUACAGGCGGGAGAAGAACAACCUGGACACGUUCACAGUGGAACGGUUUGACGCCAUCGCCUUACAGAAGACCGCAAUCUACUCCUUCAAAUUUCCUAUGAAUUUAGCUAUGACUUUAGUUAAGGGCAAGAAUCAGAAUUUGCACCAUACAGAAGACGUACAUUCCAUCUGCUGGGACAUGGGCAAACUUCUGCAAUUAAUUAACGACUACAAAGACAUAUACUUCGACGAAAUCAAAACAGGGAAGGCCGGCACGGACAUACAGGAAGGCAAGUUGACGUGGCUCGCGGUGACAGCCCUGGAGCGAUGCACUGACGCACAACGAAAAUUCUUCGCCGAAAACUACGGCAUCGACAACCCUGAGAAUGUACAACGAAUCAAAGACUUAUUCGCAGAGUUGGACAUUGAAAAUAUUUAUAAAAAUCAUGAAAAAGCUGUGUAUGAAGAUCUAGUGAGAAGAAUCCGCGCUUUACCCACCAAAGGACAGACGCGUUUCUAUUCUGAAGUUCUAGAAGCGUGUUGUAAACAGUUGUACUGAUGUCUAGAACGCGCGUGGUGUAGGCAGAGUAAACAUUUGUUACCGCCCCUUCUCUUCCCCCGACUUAGGAACACUUAUCAGCACUCUUAUAGACCUGCCGCCCGGAUACUGAAAGGCUACUCAAUUUUAAGUUCUAUUUAAAUGUAUACCACCCAUCUCUGUCAUUUUACAAAGAAUGUGUAGUAACAGAACUAUACUUAUCGCGACUCACUUGAGUAUUUGGACAUGAAUUUUUUAAUCCUGCGGUCUCCAGCCAGCCUGCCAAGAGAUUAUGGCAAGCUUCUCUUUUAGGCAGUGGACCCUCAUGGUAUUGACGAUGUUCAUACUGAUUUAUAGGCCUAUAAUUUAUUUGUUUUUCUAAUAUACGCAUUACGCAUUAUUAUAAUGCGUACGCAUUACGCAUUAUUGCAUUAUUGUGUACAUUUAUUUAAUGUGAGUGAUCAAUCAGUUAUAAGUGACUUAAGUGGUACCUACCUGCGUAACAUAAUAUGCAUCUCAUUAAAUUACUACUUUUAC